UUGCAGUGAGCUAUAAUGAUACCACUGCCCAGGAGACAAAGCAAGACCCUGUCUCAAAAAAAAAAAAAAUUGGUUAACAUAACAGUUGUUUCUUGGCUUUUAUCCUUCAUGGUGGGCACUCGGGAAUGUCAUUGGAGAGAGGAGCUUCAUUCUGCAUGCUGCAAUGGCCUUGGGUGGGUGUUUCAUCAUCUGUAAAAUAAGCACAGCAGAACUAUCUUUCAGGAUCAUUGGGGAAAGUAAGUGAGAACAUUCAGGAAGGAUUAUAACGAAAUGUUUAGCACAUGACAGACACUUAUCAAAUAUGCAUUCACUCAUAUUCCAUUCUAGAAGUUCCAUUGUACAACGAACACCUCUUUUGAAAUAUCUAUCAAACUGCCUUUUGAUGGCACAUCUCAAUGGCAGAGAGUGUGUCUCAGUCAUCAUUUGUACCCAGAGUGAGGAAAGAAGGAAGGAAAAGAAUCCAAUAUCCAAGCUUGGCCCUAAUCUCACUCACGCUUGCCUUUUAUUUAUGAAAAUACCAUGAUGCUUGUCCAUGUAAAUAGUAUCUCUGAAAGGAUACCAGGACACGAGUAAGAAUGGUACGUGGAGAACUCUGGCACUCAGAGUCAGAGGGGGUGGAAACUUACUUUUCACUGUAUAUCCUUUUGUUUGGUUUCUUUAAAAGAUUUACCAUAGGUGUGCGUUACUUCUAAAAAAAAAUGUUUAGUGUUAAAAAAAUCCCCCCAAGUUAAACCAAAAAAUGUUGGACACAACUGUAAAAAUCAUUAUAUAAAGAUGAAAUAUAAAUGGAUCAUACAAGUUUUUAAGUGAAACUCAGUAAGAAGUGCCCAUUAAAACAAUGAGAUCUUUUUCACUUAGGUUAAUUACAGAAAGGUGAAUAAUAAUAGCCCACAUUGGUGAGGGUAUGGGCUGUGUGUCCUGCUGUGGGAGAUAUAGAGUCUUAUCACUCAUAGUAUGAUAAUAAGUUGGUAAAACUUUUCUGGAAGGCAAUCUGGGGUUUGUUUCCAAAGUUAAAAUGUGAUUAAUUUAAAAUAAUUUUAACCAACAUUUCCCUAAGGAAAUACAGCAUUUUGCAGUUUUUGUGUACAGGGUUGUGAGUUGCAACCUUGUUUCUGACCUGACCCUGAUCCCCAGGCCCUGCUCUCCUCCCUUCCCUGUCCCACUUCACCUGCUGAUUGCCUUUCCCCAAUAGAGCCAUAGGCAGCUGGGGUGUGUAGGGGAGGUUCAGUAUCACCCAGGGUUGGAAUAAGAGAGCAGUAAUGGGCUUGGUUACUCUGUGUGCUAGAUAAGAGCCUGGGGACCAUGUGGGAGCGGCCUGAGGUGAAAAUUAAAAUGCCUUCAUUUCUGGAGUACUUUGGCCUUUGAGAUUAAUGGGCCUUAGAGAAGGGCAGAGCCUGCCUAGACAGAUGGUCGCUUGCUGCUCUCCCUGGGCUGGAGGAGCCUGAUCACCGCUCUGUCCCCAAGGCUGGCAGAGGGCUGUCCAGCUGAGCAGACAGGAAUUGAGGACUUCCCUUCAAGUGCCUCCAAACAGGUACCACUGCCUGGCAGCUUAGUAUAUGGCAAGACUCCAGGGUCUACUGGCUGUCCACCACGGGUAGCCUUUAGGCAUUUCCCUGCUUGGCCCAUGUCCAGAGGGUGAAAGGGGUGAUGAGUAAGCAAGAGAAAACCAGUAAUGUGCCUGAAGAGACCUUGGAGCCACAGGGAGGACAGACAGAAACUCUCAAUUCUGGGUGAAACAACUAGAGGAGAUGACAGCUUUGCCCUAAUUCCACAACCAGACGAGAUUCAAUUAUAGCAAAACUUUCUGGAACUGAAAAGCUUUUUUUCCCUUAAAUUUAUUAUAGAAGUCCAGUAGAUAAAUCAAAGGAAAUGAUGGUCAUUACAAAGCAAGUAGCCUGUUAAAUCAAGUGGAAGAAAUAUCUCAAAACACAGCAAAGAGAAACCAGGAAGGCAAAGACUGGGGGAGCUGUGCUGUUACAUAGAACCCCAGAAACAAGAGUGUUGUGAGUCUGCCGUCCCCUGGGGAGCACUUCUCAGCUCCGAUGUGCCUCCAAUUCAGUGAGGACGCUGUUGAAUACGGAUUCUGAGUGAAAUGCAGUACUAAUAGGAACUAAUAGCCAGAUGUUCUCUUCAAACUGGAUUCUGGACAGCUUGAGCUAAAUUUACAGCCCAUCUCUAGAAAGUGUGAAUGACAGAGGUGGUGCCGUCCAGCGCCCUCAGCGAGGUCAGCCUGCGCCUCCUCUGCCACGAUGACAUAGACACCGUGAAGCACCUGUGCGGCGACUGGUUUCCCAUCGAGUACCCAGACUCAUGGUAUCGUGAUAUCACAUCCAACAAAAAGUUCUUUUCUCUUGCCGCGACCUACAGAGGUGCCAUCGUGGGAAUGAUAGUAGCUGAAAUUAAAAACAGGACCAAGAUACAUAAAGAGGAUGGAGAUAUUCUAGCCUCCAACUUCUCCGUUGACACCCAGGUUGCGUACAUUCUGAGUCUGGGAGUGGUGAAGGAAUUCAGGAAGCACGGCAUAGGUUCCCUCUUACUUGAAAGUUUAAAGGAUCACAUAUCAACCACCGCCCAGGACCACUGCAAAGCCAUUUACCUGCACGUGCUCACCACCAACAACACAGCAAUAAACUUCUACGAGAAUAGAGACUUUAAACAGCAUCACUACCUCCCCUAUUACUACUCCAUCCGAGGGGUCCUCAAAGAUGGCUUCACCUAUGUCCUCUACAUCAACGGUGGCCACCCUCCUUGGACGAUCUUGGACUACAUCCAGCACCUGGGCUCUGCACUGGCCAGCCUGAGCCCCUGCUCCAUCCCACACAGGGUCUACCGCCAGGCCCACAGCCUACUCUGCAGCUUCCUGCCAUGGUCGGGCAUCUCCACCAAGGGUGGCAUCGAGUACAGCCGGACCAUGUGAUGCCAGCCGGGCAGCCUCCACCAGGCCCCGUCCCUCAGCAUCCUGCAGAGCCCGCCUUCCCAUCCAUCUGACCCCUGCUGGCCUCCGCAGAGGAACUGGCAGCCACCUGCCGGGCCCAUUGGUCUGCUCCAGCUGCAGGCCCGGUGCUACGCGGGCUCGGGAGCAGAGCGCUGUGGGCUCACCCAGGGCGCGCCCCAUCUCCGACAGGCUCUCAGCUCUCCUUCCUGCUUCUGGAAACCUCUGUCCUCCACCUCCUCCUGGCACCCUGGUCCUGCCUCCACGCGCAUGCACCAUCCCACGGGGGCGAGGGUGUGGCUGUGGUCACCAGGAAGGGGCCUCCCUCGCCGGCUGCCACCACUCCACUGCCCAUGCCUUCAUCUUCUUCCUUCAGAGCCAGAGGGAACUUCUGCUGCAAGGGCGGAACACAAGUAUUGUGGACAUACUUGACCCUAGGGACACAGGAGCCUCAGAACAAGGGGGCACAAUAAAGGGAAUGCCAGGCCCCCCUCCAGAGCCAGCCCAAUGAAGCCUGGAGGGUGGAGGGUGGCCCUGCCCCUCCAUGAGGGGCUGGUAAGGGGUGGGCACAGUGGAGGAGGCUUUUCACGCAGUCGCAGAGCUCUGGGGCUCAGCUCCCGGGCACAGGUGGUCAGACGAUGGGACAGUGCCCCCUCCUCAGUUCCUCCUGCCGUACAGUUUCCACCUCCUCCAGGAGACGGCCCUUCCCGUUGGAUCAUGGAAUGCUCCAUUCGGCUGACCUGCUGCUGGGAGUUGGGCUGAGGGACAGGUGCCGCCGAGGCUCUAGGGUCCUCUCCUCACUCAUCCUUCAUGAGCCACAGCUGCAAGGCCUGGCCAGAGGCAGGCAGGAGGACGCUGAGCUUGGCAUCAGGCCUCUAGGCUGCUGUGGGUCUCAUGGGGCUGGCCUUGGGGGCAGCAGGCGGUUACGUGCCUUGCGGGCUCGGCGUCUGAGAGCAGAGAGGCCGUGCCAGUGCCGUGAAGUGUGUUUGCAGCGGACGAGCAUCACGCGCUUCUAGCAUCCCCUCCACCCCGUGUGCCCCAGGGGCUGCUUGCUGCCUGCCCUGCCCACCAGAGCAGCUGGGGGUGGAGGGCGGCCCCACCCAGUGUAGCUGCAGUGUCACAAGAGCCAUGGCAGAGGGUCCUAGUAGUGACCUACUGCAGCUGGAGGAGGAGGAAGAAGGGGGAGCAGCCUGGGCAGACGGAGCCUCCGUGACCCGAGUCCUUCGCUCCCCCAGAGUUUCCCAGCCCGGAGGUCUCAGGGUGCUGGGGCCAGCUCCAGGCCUCCUGGCCUCACAGCAGGGGGACAGGACCCUCAAGAUGAAGGCACGCCCCUGGCAGGAAAGUGUCCCCUCCAUCAGCAGUGCUGGCCAGUGGGAGGGCCGUGUCGUGCUGACUGACGCGAGCCUCUGCUGAUGUCAGCUACCUGCUGAGGUGUCCUUUCUACUCUGAAUCAACGGUGAUCAUGUGAUUUUUAUUUCUGCCCCAUGGGGUAAGGGAAGAGUCUUCUGGAAGGUUCUGCCUUGGACAUUCAUAACCGAGCUCAGAGGCCUUGCCCUGCCCUGCCCUCCCUCCUGUCCCUGAAUCACUGCAGUGUCCAGCCAGCCCAGUGUUGAACGAUUGUAGUGUUUUGUCUCAUUACAAAUAAAUAGACCUUAAUUGGUCACAUCCUG